UUCCCUUGUUCCACUGUCACACGUCACUAGUUAUCACUCUAUAUUCUCACUUAACCAAAGCCAAAUUCGCCCCUGCUCUGCUUCCCCCAAGGUGACCGAAGACAAAUGGAGGCGACUAAGUCGGAGGAUCGAAAAAUUGCAGCUCCACAGCGCCUUAAAUUUGCGUACUAUGUCACAGGACACGGAUUUGGUCACGCCACACGUGUUGUUGAGGUGGCACGACAUCUUGUUGCAGCUGGACAUGAUGUUCAUUUGGUCACUGCAGCUCCAGAUUUUGUCUACACCUCUGAAAUAAGUUCACCCAAUUUGCGCCUUCGCAAGGUUUUACUUGAUUGUGGAGCUGUGCAAGCAGACGCUUUGACUGUUGAUCGGCUUGCUUCUUUAGAGAAGUAUUCACGAACGGCAGUUGUUCCGCGCACCUCAAUACUGGCUACAGAAGUGGACUGGUUGAAAUCAAUUAAGGCAGAUUUGGUGAUUUCAGAUGUUGUGCCUGUGGCAUGCCGAGCUGCAGCAGAUGCUGGAAUUCCAGUUGUUUGUGUGACCAACUUCAGUUGGGAUUUUAUCUAUGCAGAAUAUGUUAUGGAAGCUGGUCAUCUUCAUCGUUCCAUUGUUUGGCAGAUAGCAGAAGACUAUUCCCAUUGUCUUUACUUGCUUAGACUACCUGGUUAUUGUCCUAUGCCAGCUUUCCGUGAUGUUAUUGAUGUGCCGUUGGUGGUUCGGAGGACACAUAGAAAUCGACAAGAGGUGCGUAAAGAACUCGGGAUUGGUGAUGAGGUCAAGCUACUUAUCUUCAAUUUUGGUGGUCAGGAAGCCAGCUGGGCCUUGAAGGAAGAAUCGUUGCCGCCUGGUUGGAUAUGCCUGGUAUGCGCUGCAUCUCCAAAGCAGGAGUUUCCACGCAACUUUAAAAGGCUUUCAACAGAUGUGUACACACCUGAUUUGAUAGCAGCAAGUGACUGCAUGCUUGGCAAAAUUGGAUAUGGCACUGUCAGUGAAGCAUUGGCAUACAAGAUACCAUUUGUCUUUGUUCGUAGAGAUUAUUUUAAUGAAGAACCUUUUUUGAGGAACAUGCUUGAGUACUACCAUGGAGGUGUUGAAAUGAUCAGACGUGACUUACUAACUGGGCACUGGAUUCCAUACCUUGCCCGUGCACUAAAAUUAAAACCUUGUUAUGAUGCACCAAUUAAUGGCGGUGAGGUGGCUGCAAGUAUCUUGCAGAACACUGCUAUUGGAAAAUUAUGCACUUCAGAUAAGUAUAGUGGAGCAAGGAGAUUGCAGGAUGCUAUUAUUCUUGGAUUUCAGUUACAAAGGAUUCCUGGACGCGAUAUCUCUAUUCCAGAAUGGUAUUCUCAUGCAGAAAAUGAGCUUGGUCUCCGUCCUAUGGUACCUAGUAAAGACAGAAGUGGAUGUAAUAUAACUGGAGCUAAAGAACUAGAUUUUGACGAGUUCAAGAUUCUCCAUGGAGAACUGCAUGGCUUGCCAGACACAGUGACCUUUUUGAAGAGUUUGGCAAGUUUGGACUUUGGUUUCAGUUCAAAUGAGAAAACAGAGAGGCACAAUGUCCGCGAGCGUUUGGCUGCAGCUGGUUUAUUCAACUGGGAGGAUGCAAUUUUUGUUGCAAGAGCUCCUGGAAGAUUGGAUGUCAUGGGUGGCGUUGCAGAUUAUUCAGGAAGCCUUGUUUUACAGAUGCCAAUUAGAGAAGCUUGCCAUGCUGCUGUGCAAACAAGUCAUCCAGGCAAGCAAAGACUUUGGAAACAUGCCCUUGCUCGCCAACAUGCAAGAGGGGAAGGUUUUCUGCCAGUAUUGCAGAUUGUGUCUUUUGGAUCAGAAUUGAGCAAUAGAGCUCCAACCUUUGACAUGGAUUUAGCAGAUUUCAUGGACACAGACGGGCCAAUAUCAUAUGAGAAAGCACACAAGUAUUUUGCACAAGAUCCAUCCCAAAAGUGGGCUGCAUAUGUAGCGGGAACAAUUCUUGUUUUAAUUCGUGAGCUGGGUGUACAGUUUCAUGAUGGUAUCAGCAUACUGAUAUCUUCAGGUGUUCCUGAAGGCAAAGGUGUGUCAUCGUCUGCUGCUUUAGAGGUUGCCACAAUGUCUGCUAUUGCAGCUGCACAUGGGUUAAAUAUCGCACCAAGGGAUUUGGCCUUGCUUUGUCAAAAGGUGGAAAAUCAUGUAGUUGGAGCUCCUUGCGGUGUAAUGGAUCAAAUGACUUCAGCAUGUGGUGAAUCAAACAAAUUGUUAGCUAUGGUGUGCCAGCCUGCAGAGGUCAAAGAACAAGUGAAUAUUCCAGCACAUUUACGUUUUUGGGGUAUUGACUCUGGAAUACGACAUAGCGUUGGUGGAGCAGACUAUGGUUCCGUAAGGGUUGGAACAUUUAUGGGCCGGAAAAUUAUAAAGUCAACUGCAUCAGCUCUGUUGUCUCAAUCAUCAAUAGCAACGACUUCACAGGAAUACAGUACUGGAGUCAUCAGUGAUGAACCUGAUGAUUAUGACUCUGCUUUACUUGAAAAAGAAGCAACUUUAAAUUAUUUGAGUAACCUCCCACCUCACAGAUAUGAAUCUGUUUAUACGAAGAUACUUCUGAAAGAGAUGAGUGGGCAGACAUUCAUGGAUAACUAUGGAAGUCAUGAUGACCCAGUUACAACUAUUGAUCCUCAGCGCACCUAUGCACUGAAAGCUCCAACAGCACAUCCUGUCUAUGAGAACUUCCAUGUCAAUGCAUUUGCAGCUCUGUUAUCGGCAGCUUCAACUGAUGAGCAAUUGUCUGCACUGGGAGAACUUUUGUAUCAGUCCCACUAUAGCUAUUCCAAGUGUGGGCUUGGUUCAGAUGGCACGGAUCGACUUGUAAAUCUCGUCCAGCAAAUGCAGCAUGGAAAAAAGAAUGGUUCUGAUGAUAGAAAAAGUACAUUGUUUGGUGCAAAAAUAACAGGUGGAGGAUCUGGUGGGACAGUUUGUGUGCUUGGUCGUAACUGUAUUCAAAGUAGUGAAGACAUAAUUGAGAUUCAGCAACGGUACAAAGCAGCAACAGGUCACUUCCCUUUCAUAUUUGAAGGUUCCUCCCCUGGAUCUGGAAAAUUUGGCUAUCUGAAAAUCCAACGCCGAUUUGAUGGGAGAUCUGUCCAUUGAUGUCAAUUUGCAUGACCUUUCAAAGGAGAGAUCCAAAUAUUCCUUCAUGUUGUACAACAAGAGCAUAACAAACAUAGGACAGCAAUUAAAACUAUUUAGAUUGUCUAAACUGUGUACGAUCGCAAUUAAAAGCUGGAUAGCGAUGAUGUAUGCUUCAUGUUAAAUAUUUGAUCCCAUAAUUGUAGCCAAUCUGCUAGCCUCUAAUUGAAGGAAUGUGAAAUACGUGGCUGUUCAAAGGCAAUGUAAUAUUUCUGCUAUUUUAACAAGAAUAAUUUAAAUAGCUAUUCUGGGUUAAGAAAGCUGCCAUCACCAUAUUUGAUAAGAGGGUGGAAAAUUUGUUGUUUACGAGACAUUAUAGUGGAUUAUUCUUCAGAGGAAUACCGCAAGGACAAAAUUGAAGGCAGAAUGUAAUUUGUUCCACGUAGUUGGUAGAUGCAUUCAAUCAUGAGUACUA